GGGUGGGGGUGGGGGUGGGGGCGAGAGAUGCAGGGACCGGGGAUGGGCUUCGGAAAGCUCCCUGGACCCGACCUCUCGCCGCCUGAGGAUCCCCUAGCCUUGCACCGGUAAAGAGAGGGCCGCGACCGGCGAGGAACGAGUGGGCACGCAUGGGCCAACGAUUUAGGUGCAGGAACCCCACCCCCGCUCGGAAACCUCCGGAGCCCUGAGUCGUGCUGGGCGCUCCCCACCCCACCCCACCCCACCCCCGCCGCCUCUGCCGUCACUCACGGCCGCUGCUCGCUGGCUCGCUCGUGCGCUCUCCGCGCCACAGGCACCUGCUCGCCGGGCGCUCUGCGCUCACUUCUCGCUCGCACACUGCAGACUCCCGGCGUCGCCUCCGUCACCCGGCCUCGUCCCCAGCCCAGCACAGCGCUCCGCCCUUCUCCCUGGCCCCCGGCGCCCACCCACCAGCCAUGGCCUGGGCCUGGGACAAAGAGCGGUGCAGCUCUUUGCCCAAACUGGGGUCUGCUAGCCGCGGCUGAGCGCCCACUCGCCUUGCGGAGAGAGACGCGGAGGGACCAGCGGGGGCGGCGGCGGGAGAGCUCGGCAGGAGCCGGAGGAGGUGGCAUUCGGGAGCCAAAUCAGAACGAGACCGGGAGGCAGAAGCUCGCGGCUCUGAGGCGCGCGCUCCCUUGGCCAGGGAUGGGUCUCCGGGCGGCCCAGCCUCUGCCGGGCCCGCCGGGCAGAGACUAAAUUGAGCUACCCCAUAGUCCUGUGGACGGCCCGACAGAGGGAAGCACGGACAGAUCACCAGUAGCCUCCCGGCGGGACCUAGCGUCCUGCGCCCCCCGCGCAGCGCCCCCAGCCGGAGCCGCGCCGGGCAAGCCGGCGAGGGAGCUGGGCUGAUUGGCGGCCGCCGGCGGCCGGGGGAGGGGGCGCCGCGCGGGGCCAUGGCAGGCUCGGAGGCGUCCUAGCCCGAGCCCCGAGCCGGAUCCGAGCCCACGCUGCCGCCACCGCUGCCUCUCGGCGCCCGGGCCCCCGCCGCCGCCGCGCCCCCCGCGGGAGAUGGAACAGCGGAACCCUCUCGGAGCCCUCGGAUACCUGCCGCCGCUGCUGCUGCACGCCCUGCUGCUCUUCGUGGCCGACGCUACAUUUACCGAAGUCCCCAAAGAUGUGACAGUACGGGAGGGAGACGACAUCGAAAUGCCCUGCGCCUUCCGGGCUAGCGGAGCCACCUCGUAUUCGCUGGAGAUUCAGUGGUGGUACCUCAAGGAACCGCCCCGGGAGCUGCUGCACGAGCUGGCGCUCAGCGUGCCGGGCGCCCGGAGCAAGGUAACAAAUAAGGAUGCAACUAAAAUCAGCACCGUGCGCGUCCAGGGCAAUGACAUCUCACACCGGCUGCGGCUGUCCGCCGUGCGGCGGCAGGACGAAGGCGUGUACGAAUGCCGCGUGUCCGACUACAGCGACGAUGACACGCAGGAGCACAAGGCCCAGGCGUUGCUGCGCGUGCUCUCGCGCUUUGCGCCGCCCAACAUGCAGGCCGCCGAGGCCGUGUCCCACAUUCAGAGCAGCGGUCCGCGUCGCCACAGCGCCAACAGCGCAGCCAACGCCAACAACGUGGGUGCCACCGGCGCCGCGGGCCGCGCUACCUCCGAUCCCGACCGCGGCGACAAAAGCCUGCCUCCGGGGAGUCCUCCUGCGGCCCCGGGUCCUGCAGUCCCCGAGGCGGCAGCCGCCUCCGCGGCCCACGCAGCCACGACCACCGUCGCGGCUGCGGCCGCAGCUUCGUCAGCGUCACCGCCACUGGGCCAGGCGGUCCUUCUUCGCCAGAGGCACGGCUCAGGCACUGGCCCUAGCUCGGCCACAGACCCACUCCUGUCCCUGCUCCUGCUAGGUCUGCAUAAGUUCCUUCGCCUGCUGGUGGGGCACUGACAGACAUGGCCAUCCUGCUCACCUCAGCCGCCCCACAUGACCUGCCUGGACCUGGUGUGAGGCCCGCAGCCCCAGACGGACACAGAGAGACUGAGAGAAGCAUGACAGAGUCCACGUGGAAAAUGAAUAAAUCAUAUUUUGGGGGAGGUUACUCAAACGUAGAACACCUAAAAUAAUGCAUCUAGUUUCCAAAUAAGAUGGAAUUUGGGCCAUGCGGUAUGCAUGGGAUCCGUGAUUUCUCUACUUCAAUGUAUUUUUCUUUUCUAAACUUUUCCUCCAAGUCUUCAUUUUGCACGAACUGUUGAGCAGUUAUCUUUAGGAUACUAUGUAAAAAUGUUGGGUCAAAGCCUUUCUGACAAAGCAAAAUAUUUUUAGUAGAUUAUUGUGUUUAGGAAUUUUUUAUUUACUUCUUUUCUUUGGGAGCUUUCCUUUUUUUAUUGAAGUAAAUUAUUUCUUUUGAGACAUUUUGAUUAAAAAAGAUACAUCUUAUCAUAAUUAAAAUUCACUGUCAAUAAUAUUUAUUUUUAAAUAAAGAUUGGAAACAAGGUCAGACACUUGUUUAUAAACUGUAUUGUAUAUUGCUGAUAACAGUUGAAUAA